AUCUGUGCUCCGGCAGCGGCCGCGGCUGCGUUUGAGCCUUUUCGCGGCCCGUAGCCGGGCCGCCUCACAGCAUCAAGAUGGCGGCGGCGCGGCGCAGGGCGUGGGAAGUUUCCGGGCCGCCUGUUGAGGACUUCAGUGAUUUGAGACAACUGUUACUGAAAUGAUACUACAAAAGUCAGCUACUGGAUUGUGUUUGUUGGAUGAAACACCAACUAUUUACUUUCAAUCAAGGGGUGUAAAACCCCCUAACUACAGUUCACAUGUGUAGGUCACUGCGUUACUGUCUUAGUCAUUGUCUCUACACAGCAAUGACAAAGCUAGAAGAAGCAAACAGAGAAGUGAACAUGCACUUAUCAGUCAGAUACCUUGGCUAUCUUGCCAAAAUCAACUUACUGGUUGCCAUUUGCAUGGGCCUUUAUGUCAGAUGGGAAAAAACUGCAGAUGCACUGAUUUUGGUAAUAUUUAUUCUGGGUCUCUUUGUUCUUGGAAUUGCCAGCAUACUGUACUACUAUUUUUCAAUGGAAACAGCAAGUCUGAGUCUCUCCAGUCUUUGGUUUGGUUUUUUGCUGGGCCUUCUCUGUUUUCUUAAUAAUUCUACCUUCAAAACCGAUGUGAAAGAAGAAGCCACUAAAUAUUUGCUGCUUUCUUCCAUUGUUUUAAGGGUAUUAUGUGCUUUGGUUGAGAGGAUUUGUGGUUGUGUACAUCAUCGACCAACUCUGCUGACAACAGUUGAAUUUUUGGAGCUUGCUGGCUUUGCAAUCGCCAGCACAACUAUGCUGGUAGAAAAAUCUAUUAGUAUUAUUCUGCUGGUCGUGGCUUUGGCCAUGUUGAUUAUUGACUUACGUAUGAAGUCUUUUUUGGCAAUUCCAAAUUUGGCAAUUUUUGGAGCCAUUGCAUCCCUACUCUUUUUUCCAUCACUGCAAAUCCCCACAAACCCGUUCGCCUUGGCGUGUUUCUUCAGCUGCCUCAUUUCAGAUCCUCUCCUCGAUGUUUACUUCAGUGGACUUUCAGUUACUGAACGGUGGAAGCCCUACUUGUACCGUGGUAAAAUAUGCAGAAGGCUUUCUGUCAUCUCAGUUGGGGUCAUUGAACUGAUCUUUUUCAUACUUGCAGCCUUUAAACUACGCUUUUUGGAUCUCUGGUAUUUUGUGAUACCCGGUUUUUCUAUUUUUGGAAUUUUUUGGAUGAUCUGUCACGUGAUAUUUUUUAUAACUCUUUGGGGAUUCCACACAAAACUAAAUGACUGUCACAAGGUAUACUAUACCCAUCGUGCAGAAACCAACAGCCUGGACAGAGUUAUGGCAUCUAAAGGAAUGCGUCACUUCUGUUUAAUUUCGGAACAGCUAGUGUUUUUCAGCCUUGUUGCAACUGCUGUUUUGGGGGCCGUUUCUUGGCAGCCAACCAAUGGGAUCUUCAUGAGUGUAUUUCUCAUCGUUUUACCUCUGGAGUCGAUGGCUCAUGGGCUUUUUCAUGAGCUGGGAAACUGCUUGGGAGGAACAUGUGUUGGGUAUGCUGUUGUGAUUCCCACCAACUUCUGCAGCCCUGAUGGCCAACCAACUCUUCUUCCACCUGAGCAUGUACAAGAGUUAAAUCUGAGGUCUACUGGCAUGCUUAAUGCCAUCCAGAGAUUUUUUGCAUAUCACAUGAUUGAGACGUAUGGUUGUGAUUACUCUACAAGUGGACUGACCUUUGAUACCCUUCACUCCAAGAUCAAAUCUUUCCUUGAACUUCGGACAGCCGAUGGACCCAGACACGAUACCUACAUUUUGUAUUACAGUGGUCACUCACAUGGCACUGGUGAAUGGGCACUGGCAGGAGGUGACGCUUUACGACUCGACACACUUCUGGAGUGGUGGAGAGAAAAGAAUGGCACUUUCUGUUCCCGACUCAUCAUUGUUUUAGACUGUGAGAACUCUCAGCCUUGGGUUAAAGAAGUAAAAAAAGUAAAUGACCAGUAUGUUGCAGUGCAAGGAGCAGAAAUGGCCAGAGUUGUAGACAUUGAGGAAGCUGACCCUCCCCAGCUUGGUGAUUUCACCAGGCAAUGGGUUGAGUACAACUGUAACCCUGACAGCAACAUCAGCUGGUCCGAAAAGGGACGAACAGUGAAAGCAGUGUAUGGUGUGUCAAAACACUGGAGUGACUACACUUUGCAUUUGCCAACGGGAAGUGAUGUUGCCAAACACUGGAUGAUGUACUUCCCGCGGAUCACCUACCCAUUAGUACAUUUGGCAAACUGGUUUUGUGGUCUCAAUCUGUUCUGGGUCUGUAAAGCGUGCUUUAGGUGCUUGAAAAGGUUGAAAAUGAGUUGGUUUCUUCCCACAGUGCUCGAUACAGGACAGGGAUUCAAACUCGUCAAAUCCUAAUUAGAAACCAAAGAGGAAAUGAAGUGAGAGUUCUGGGAACUUUCUCACUUUACUGUACUUAAAACUUUUUAUGUGACUGUUUUCUGAAAAAAUUUUUCUACACUCACUUUAUUGAGCUCUUUGAGCAGCUAAAGUAUAUGCAACAGUUAGAAACUGCAACCUUAAACAGAAAAGGGUAGCACUAUGGUAUUUGAGGUUUUUUUACUGGUCUGUAUGUCUGUAUGUUAAGAGACUUAUUUAAUAUGACCAUUCAUUUUGGAGACAGUUUGCAUGUUCAUAUGUGUUACUGUCAGCAGCCUUCACUCAGAUUCACCAGUUUGAUGGACAACAGCUUCUGUGAAUGUUAUAGCCUGCUUAUUUGUCAUUUAUAUCCACUGUAGGGUUCAAAUACCAGGAAUGAGGCUGAUAUUCCAAUCAAUAUGUAUAUAUAUGUUCUUUAAAUUAUACAGUGGGGUUAAGAGUAUUAUAAAACAGCACUGAGCUAAAAAAAUAGAAUUAAUUGCCAUUGUAGGUAAGUAACUACCAAGGAUCUUUAGUUUUACUUGCUUCUACAUCUUUAGCCCCUGCCUCAGUUCUCUACUGCCAUCAAUGGAAAUUUGCUACAGAAAACAAGGAAAUCAGACAAUCCUCUAAUGAUCUGAUGCUGCUUGGACAGUGUUUUCUGGAGUGCAGUUUUAAAAACUUUUCAGUGUUACUUUAAAAAUUCAGUAUCUUGUUUAUAAUCUUUAUUUUAUUGGAGUUUUUCUGCAAAUAUUCCCAGUAGUUAAUUCAUAUAUGGAAUGAAAAGUGCACUGAGAGUUUUCCCUCCCCUGUUAGGACAGUUCUGUCUUCUCCAGGCUCUUACUAAUUUGUAUGUUGAAAAACUAUCCUGAAGAAAAAAAAGUAAAACCCAAGGAGUUUAACAAAGUAAAUAAUCCACAGAUAAAAGAUGGAAGUACAAGUGUUGCCUUGCUUCCAUGUUUAUCUUAAGUCUUUGUUGUGGUUAAGACCUUAAUUCUGUAAAAUGCUGAGUACAGGAUUAGACAAAUGAGUUCAUCUAUUAGACCCAUGAACAAAGUUUGUCAGAAAGAUUAUUCCCUUAGGACAAGGGUGAAUCCUGAAUAUUCCUCAGUUCUGUUAUCCCAGCCACAAGGUCUUAAUCUUAAUUCUUCCAUUUACAGAACUGGAUGGGCCUCAGCCUUUCCUCUUCAGUCAGAGAAGGUGCAUAGCUUUCUGAUCUUGUUUUUUCAAGUGCAGAAAACAAGGAGUGAAACAACUAAGCCCCUAAGACAGUAAACUUUGUGGUGCAUUUUAUCCAUACACAUGGGCAAUCCAGGAGAGUUUGAGUUUACUUUUGUUCAGUUUCCACCAGUAUUUUAAUAAAAAUUUUAGGUAUUAGCUGAUAUUUGUCUAAAAUAUAACAAUUUUUUUUCAAUACAUGAAAAUAAUUCAGGAGAUCUACAAUUCUUUGCCAUCAAGGGUUUUCCUAAGUUGAACUUUUUAGCCAGCUAAGUCAGAGAAUCUGCUAACACUGAUACCCAUUGCUAACUCUUGAAAAUAAAAUGUGUGUUGUGAGAUCUGCAAUAGUGAGAAUAAUUUGCAAUAAUUUGCAAUUCCAAAAUAGUGAUUUUGUAGGAUUUACAAGUGAAGUAUUUACAGAGGAAGACUCACUUGAUCUCUGUUUUAAUAUUAUUUUUUCUGUGAUUGUGCCUAUUAGAUUUGGUUUGGUUUUGCUUUCAUAUGCCAAAGGUCAGGCAGACAAAUCCCUGAUGUCUGUUUAAUAACCUCAGUCAUCCUCUGGAGCCUGGGCUGGGUACAUAAGCUCCUCGUUCAAGCAUAUAAAUUGGAUACUUGAAGUUAACAAACAUCUGUCAAGCUGCAGAAAAGCAGCACUGCUUUCUCCAAAGAAGUAAUUUUCAGCCAUUCCUGGUCAACAACCCUUGAGUAUAGAGAAAAAAAGAUUGCAUAAAGGCAAUCAUUUGUUUUUUAGAAUCGUCCUUAUUUUGACUGCUGUUUCAGUAAGUCCCUCUGAUGGAAGCAUAAACUGUUUCAACUAGAGCACUAGAAAUUUUUAACAAAAGGCACUGUAAUAGUACCUGAUAGUCAUGCUCUGGACAUUUGAAAGUCAAGAAGUUAGACCUUUCUGUUUUGGAAAAGCUUUGACUGUCAGCCACAACAUGUCUUGCUAAUUAUAAUGGGUAAAUCUUACUCUCUACCAUCUACUGUUAAAUUUUUAUGGACAUCAUCUGUAUCUUUCUUUUUGUAUAUCAAAGGGAACAGGAAAAGUGCAGCAAUGGGCCUAGCUCUGGGCAGAACAAAUGCAAUGGUUGGUGCUGAUCUUUUGCCUCUGUUUAUUAAAGUGUUUCCAGCUUACUUAUCACACUGAUAGAUUUUCUCUGACAUUGACUGGGUGCUCUUUUGCAGGUUGCUGAAAGUUAUCCACUAAAAAUACAGCAAAAAAUACUAUUUGCAGAAUUAAUCAAGUGUUUGCAGAUUUCUUUCAGUUUUCUCAAUGAAGAACUCUUGUGUUCUGAAUUUGAAAAUAGUUUUAGCAUGAGCUAAGAUAUCCCUACUUUUGAUUUUAUUACUUUUUAAACAGCAAAAGGAUGGUAAAGCUGCUGAUUUAAACAAAAAAUGUUUACAGACAUUCAAAACUGUGAGGCCUUUUUGGACAAAGAGACUGUCUUUUUUGUUUCUAAACACAAUAACACCCACGGUGUGGGUUGAUAAGCCUCAGGAAUCCAACUGUAUUAAUUUCCUGUUUCUAGACCAAUUAACACCAAGGUGUCCUACCUACCAUGGCCAUGUUCCCGGGUGGAGGGGGAGAUUUCCAGUUUCUUCCCAGCCCCGGGCACCUGCCUGAGGGACAACACUCCAGGAGCUCCUAAUCCCAGUGAGGAGUUCCCCCUCCCCUCUUUCCUAUAUUUAAUACACAGGCAACACUCAAAAGAGGAAUUUAAAUCUAGUUCCAAAGAAUUCUAGAUAUGCUAUCAGUUACAUACAAAGUGGUUUUUUCUUUUCAGUAACAUGUUUACAGAUUGUCUGGGUGGAGAAAAUCUGAACUAUUUUUUCUGAGGCUUGUCUCUGUACUGUAUAUUCAUACACUUUGUUAUAAAAGUUGCUAUAAAUUUAUAUCCCAGCAGUAAUUCUAUGUUGACUUUGUUUCAUUUACCUCCUGCAUAGUAUUAGCCUUGCUGAAACAUGCAAAUGCACUAAGUCCUACAAAAUUAAAUCUUUAAAAGGAAUUUAUAAUGAAAAUUCAUAUUAGUAUUUUUCUCUGAACAAGUAUUAGGGGGAAAGAAGCCAUUCUGCUUUAUUUUUGCACUACCAAAUUUAUGUUUGCAGGUCCUUAUACUUUGUUUGCUUUGUGGUUGCUGUUGUCCAGUGUACAGUUCAAGUUUUUCCCAGAAAUAAUUUCUUUCACUUUACUAAAUUUUCCCUUUGUUUUGCAAAGACGUAAUUAGUGCUAUGCUAGCUGUAAAGCACCUCUGUUGCCAGCAGUAGGCAGUAUAACUUGGUUAAAUUACUCGUUUAUAAAUACCUUUUUGUGAGAGGAUUUUUUAAUGGACAUGCCAAUUUUAGAUGUGUAAAUAGAUUUUUUUUGUGUGUGUGUAUUUGUGAUAUUGCUUAAAUAUAUU